AUGGCUGACGAAAUAGUUUUCAUGCUUCAAACAUCUGAGAAGGACGCUAUCAUGAACAAAUCAGAAGUUUACGAGUGGUUUUCACACUUUAGGAAUGGUCACCGGUUGCUUGAAAGCCAAGCUCGUCUAGGACGACUGUUGACAUCCGGAACGAAAGAAAACAUCAUGAAAAUUUAUAAACUGAUCUUGGAGGACCGAACAAAUGUCGAACUUGUUGAUAUAAUUUGUGUGUCGUGGAGCUUCUGCCAACGAAGUUUGAGCGAAGAAUUGCGAAUGAAAAAAGUUGCAGCCAAAUUUGUGCCUUACUUGUUCACGGAAGGUGAAACGCAGUCUCGAGUAUGA